AGUUGGCAGAUAUUGUUUAUGGAAACGUAAUAUUGUGAUGUGUGCAUUUUACGCACAUGUUUCUAUGUUUGAAGUACCUGCCGAAUAUGAGAACACGCGAAAACAAAGGUAGAGACAUAGAUAGAGGGUAGAUUACUCUCCUCAAAACGCAAUCUCGUAAUCUAGCCUAGGAGGAGGCGAGGCCAAUGAGGUGGUCAGCCAGCCUGGCGCAGGUGGGGGCAACGUUUGCGAGUUCAUCUGGAGACUGCUGUCAAAACGUCCCUCUACCCGGACAGGAAAGUAUGUUAUCCGAGACUAUUCCCCCUCCGACAUGCUUGCUGAAACCGUUUGUGGUACCUCACCGGUAUAUGUUCGGGCCGGGACCCUCCAAUGUCCCUCCUCGCAUUCUGGCGGCUGGAUCUCAGCCGAUGUUGGGGCACUUGCAUCCUGAGACAGUAGAGAUCAUGAACCACAUCAAGAGUGGGAUCCAGUAUGCUUUCCAGACCAACAACAGAAUGACCCUAGCAGUGAGCGGCCCUGGGCAUGCAGCUAUGGAGUGUGCCAUCUUUAACUCAGUGGAGCCAGGGGAGAGCAUCCUCAUAGUAGUGAAUGGAAUCUGGGGAGAGAGAGCUUCCGAAAUGGCAGAGAGGAUAGGUGCCAGAGUUAACACCGUGGUAGCAUCUCCUGGUGGGUAUGUUACCAAUAAAGAAAUAGAACAGGCCUUAGUGAAAUAUCAGCCUGUCGUGUUGUUCCUUUGUCAUGGAGAAUCUUCCACUGGGGUGGUACAUCCUGUUGAUGGAAUUGGUGAUCUAUGCCACAGACACAACUGUUUGUUCCUGGUUGAUUCAGUGGCAUCACUUGCUGGUGCUCCUCUCCACAUGGACAAACAAGGCAUAGACAUUUUGUACACUGGUUCACAGAAGGUCUUGAAUGCACCUCCAGGGACUGCUCCUAUCUCCUUCAGUGAGAGAGCAUGUCAGAAAAUCUUCAACAGGAAGACAAAGCCUGUGUCCUACUUCCUAGACAUGAGCUGGCUUGCCAACUACUGGGGCUGUGAUGACAAACCAAGAAUGUACCACCACACUGGGCCUGUGUCUGGUUUCUUUGGUUUACGGGAAGCCUUUGCCAUUCUUGCUGAAACAGGCCUGGAGAACUCUUGGAAGCAACACAAAGAAGUGGCUGAAUAUUUCCAUCAAGGACUGGAGGCCAUGGGUCUCAAAUUGUUUGUAGAGGACAAGAUGGCGAGGUUGCCCACAGUGACCACGAUUGUUGCCCCUCCGGGUUAUGACUGGAAGGAGAUCACAGCCUACAUCAUGAAAACCCACCAGAUUGAGAUCUCAGGGGGGCUCGGACCAUCUGCUGGCAUGGUUCUGCGGGUGGGCCUGAUGGGUUGCAACUCCACCAAGUCCAACGUGGACAUGAUUUUAGCAGCUCUUGCAGAUGCGCUGAAACAUUGCCACAAAAGCAGAGUCUAAUACCUAGGGCUAUCCAUUGACUAUUAUCAAUGAUGUGUUUGCUCUGAAAGAUGCUCUUGGAAAUGUAGUCUAUCCUCAAUUUUCUGUCAAUGUUCUGAUAAGAGGAAAUAAAGGAAUACAUUGGCAUCAACGAAAUAA